CAAUGAGCCCAGCAACAUGUCAUACGUGAAAGAGACAGUGGACAGAUUGCUCAAAGGAUAUGACAUUCGCUUGCGGCCGGACUUUGGAGGGCCCCCUGUGGACGUCGGGAUGCGGAUCGAUGUCGCCAGCAUAGACAUGGUCUCUGAAGUGAACAUGGAUUAUACACUCACCAUGUAUUUCCAGCAGUCUUGGAAAGACAAAAGGCUUUCUUAUUCUGGAAUCCCGCUAAAUCUCACGCUAGACAACAGGGUAGCUGACCAGCUGUGGGUACCAGACACCUACUUUCUGAAUGACAAGAAAUCAUUUGUGCAUGGGGUUACAGUGAAAAAUCGAAUGAUCCGACUGCAUCCUGAUGGAACAGUUCUCUAUGGACUCCGGAUCACAACCACAGCUGCAUGUAUGAUGGAUCUUCGAAGAUAUCCCCUAGAUGAACAAAACUGCACGCUGGAAAUUGAAAGUUAUGGCUAUACCACUGAUGACAUUGAGUUUUACUGGAACGGAGGAGAGGGAGCAGUAACUGGAGUUAACAAAAUUGAGCUUCCUCAGUUUUCAAUUGUUGACUACAAGAUGGUGUCCAAGAAGGUGGAGUUCACAACCGGGGCAUAUCCCAGACUGUCACUAAGUUUUCGUCUGAAGAGAAACAUUGGUUACUUCAUUCUGCAAACCUAUAUGCCUUCUACACUGAUUACAAUUCUGUCUUGGGUGUCUUUUUGGAUCAACUAUGAUGCAUCUGCAGCCAGAGUCGCACUAGGAAUCACCACCGUGCUGACUAUGACGACCAUCAGCACUCACCUCAGGGAGACGCUGCCAAAGAUCCCUUACGUCAAAGCGAUUGAUAUUUACCUAAUGGGCUGCUUUGUGUUUGUGUUCCUGGCUCUGCUGGAAUAUGCUUUUGUAAACUACAUCUUCUUUGGAAAAGGACCUCAGAAAAAAGGAGCUAGCAAACAAGACCAGAGUGCCAAUGAGAAGAACAAACUGGAGAUGAACAAAGUCCAGGUCGACGCCCACGGCAACAUUCUCCUCAGCACCCUGGAAAUCAGGAAUGAGACGAGCGGCUCGGAAGUGCUCACGGGCGUGAGCGACCCCAAGGCCACCAUGUACUCGUACGACAGCGCCAGCAUCCAGUACCGCAAGCCGCUGAGCAGCCGCGAGGCCUACGGGCGCGCGCUCGACCGGCACGGCGCGCACAGCAAGGGGCGCAUCCGCCGGCGCGCCUCGCAGCUCAAAGUCAAAAUCCCCGACCUGACUGACGUGAAUUCCAUAGACAAGUGGUCCCGAAUGUUUUUCCCCAUCACCUUUUCUCUUUUUAACGUCGUUUAUUGGCUUUACUAUGUACACUAAGGUCUGUCCUCGUGGCUCCUAAACUACUUUCCUCUUCUCUUGGUUUUUAACCCCACAGGUCCCCAGCAGCAAUACUGCUGUGUUUUUCAAGGUAAGAGAUUCAGCCAUCCAACUGGUUUUAGGUCUCGCAUAUCAAUUUUAUUACUGCACCAUGUUUACUUCCAAAAACAAACAACAAAAACAAAAACCUAUUUUUUUCCAGUCUACUGUGGUCCAGGUUAUCAGCUCUUUCAGAGCGCAAUUAAUUGUCAUGUUUACAAACACACACACGAGAGAGAAUUUAGAUAGGUAGAUCUUUAGCAGCCCUGCCUAGUCACCCUGGAUUUUUUUUUUACUUGUUUUUCAAAUGAGAUUGAAAAGAGGACCUAGUUCUCUGUGUGCACGGCUUCCUGGUAAACUGUAACAACCUCAUGCUGCCAAAAAAACCCAAUUUCCAGGAUCUCCGAAGAAAAAACAAAGCCAUUGACAAGUUACAGAUUUCCAGGAAGAAGGGAAAACAAAAAAGAAGCCUAGAAGAGGAAGGAAGACUCCCCUCCACCUUCAAGGUCCCCUAACUCCCUUGUAGGAGGAAUCGGGGCUCCAAAGACAGGAGGGAGGGAUUGGCAAGUGCCGACUAAGGUUAUGCAAACCAAACCUGCCACCUUCCCUUCCCACUAAAUUUGAUUAUUCUGAAAAGUGUUUCUUUCUCAGACUUCCAGGCAGAUUUCAAAUUAACAUUAGAAUCCAACCUGGUGUCCAUUAGAAAUGUUUUUCUUCUCCUGUUGGGAAUAAGGAGUGUGGGAGACAAUAACCUUUUUCUUUUUCACUGACUCUUUUAAAUGAGCAGCCCUGGACUCAUUACAACAGACUGGAGUCCCUUGACAGCUGUGCCAUGAAACUAUGCCAUCACAUUUCCCUAGUUCCUGCGCCAGAGAGAGUGAGAGAAAGGGGCACAGGGGAAGGAGGGCUUCAAAGAAGCGGGUGGUGAGCAAGUUUUGCUUUAGAAAAAUAUUGUCCUUUCUGAGAGGAAGAUUUACGUGCUGUGGAAAGGGUGUUACCUGAACUGCCAAAUCCUAAAUCAAACAGUGUAUAUUUCCAGAGAGCAGUUCCAGCGUUGACCUGCCUAUUACAUGAGCCUCUGCUAGCGCCCUAUGCUCUGCUCUCUGAGCUCUGCAUUCCAAAAUAUGAAACGAAGGCAUUGGGAAAUGCACAAACACCCACGUUGGUGUCAUUCUCCUCUGAGGCCAGAUUUCUAAAGAAAACCAAAAUAGCAAAACCAGUAAUAGAUAACAAGAAUGACAAAAUACCUAAGCCUUCAAACAUUUAUACCAGCCCCUAAAAUACACUUACUCUUCUUAAUCAUGAACCUCUGUCAUUACUGCUCUGCCUUACCUUCAGCCAUGAUUGCCACAGAAGGGCAUCCCGCACAGCCCAACACACAACUCUGAACAUCAGCGACAAGCUGCAACUGAGAUUCAUUCCAUUUAUGCCAGUAAGCCCUCAUUAUUUUCUUUUAGCCUAAAUAUCUAAGAAUUCUAUAUGUUCAUUUGCAAGGUUGAGUGAAACCUUGAAAUGGCCAACAAGUGACAGAGGCAAUUUAGGACCUGGUCCAUGGAUGUGAAAUAAGGGCGGAGGUAAUAAUAGAGAUGCUUGCUUCAUUUGAUGAUCUGGCUUUCCCCCUAAAGUUAUGAUGAGGCUCUAUGUUUACAAUAGCAUCAGCUGCUAGAAAUUAGAAUAUUAGCUGGAAAGAUAAGGCUGAAUUCCUACCAAUGAGUUCAAAGGGAGAAAGCUUUGAGAUACUCGUUCAGAAAGUAAGAGGAAAAGAGACCUCCUCCCAAAUAAAUGAAUGGUUAGGUCUAUAGUAAUACAGAUUAAUAAGAAUAUAAAAACUCUGCAUUAACUAAACAAAUCAUCUCAGUGGUUUCAUAAGCAAUUAGUAGGGUAUGGAGACCAAAUUUUCAUUUAGGUUUUCAGUUAUAUAAUCAUAGUUCCCUAGCCAAGGAAACUUCUAGCCUGUAGGAAUGAAGUGAUCCAUUUGCAAAACUGAUUAGUUCCAUGGCAAGGAAAGACGCUUUGCCAUUGGAAAAUGCCCAGAAAGAGUAGAAUGUGACCAAAACAGACAUUAUAAAGAUUAACAUCCCCAGUGACCACCCAGGAACCAGUGUGUAGCAUUUAUUUUAAACACAGGAAGGGAGGCUUAUGGCUGAUGCCUAGCAGGAAUGACUCAUUCUAAGUGUCAAAGUUAUUUGAAACACUUUUAAGGAUGAAAUGCUAAAUCAGAGAGGAAGUAUCUGUAAUGUAUGCUCCUUAGCAAAACAAUUUUUAUAUGUUUAGAUCAUUCUUCUUGGAAAAGAUUGAAGUAAUUUCUAUCUUUAUUAUUAUUUUUAUCUUGCCUUAAAAGUCUAACAAAUUUGAUGCCUGUAGUUUAGAUGUAAAGCGUCUCUGGGGAAAAAAAAAAGGAACAUUUUGAAUUCUUAUAUCUUAACCUUUGUAAAAUUAGUAAACCUGAAUCUACUGUCAGGCACGAAAUGGUAACAUUGUAUGCCCUCCUGGACUGUAGAGAGGUCACAGCCAUCAUUAUGCAAAGCCUGUUACAUAGUUCUCAUUUCAGAGUCAACAGUAGCCAGAGAAUUGGAGAAGCUGCCAUAUCCUGGUCAAUGACCAAGCCUCCACUUCCUUCUGGAUACCUCCUCGCUAAAUCCUCCCUUCCUUAGCCCCUGCUCACUCUCCUUCCCGGCUUAACAGUGCCAUGGAAGAAAAUACUUCCUCCUCUGCCUUUCUCCCUUGUCUUGCCCAAAAUGAUGUACAUAAAACAUAAAAGUUGUUAGACAUUCUUAAGUGCCCUCAAACUGGUCCCCAUUCCUAAAAAGAUUCAGAUCAAUACAUUAUGGAGGUGUUACUAUUUGGUAGUUUUUAUUUUCUUGCCAUGAAAAUAGCCAUAAACUCCUGUAUUACUGAAGUGGCAGCAGAGGCUGAAAAUUGCACAGACUCACUCUCUUAUGCCACAGUCAUGUCCAGGGGACUGAAGUUCACGGUUUGUAAACUGUGACAUGAACUGUGUCAUAGAUGCAACAGAAAUCCCAUCUUUCAUUGGACAGUGAUGACUACACACUCAUUCCUUCCACUCAUAUUCCCUGGCUUUAAAGAUUAGGGGUGAACAUGCAUUACAUUUACCAGCUUUGUGAGGCAAAGACCCAGGUAAAGACAUAUUUUUGGCUUCAAUUAUUCAGGAUUAUUGCCUCAAUCUUCACAUUGUCAAAUAGAAACAGACUGGUUGGUAAUUCUGCUGACUAAAUAUGUGUUUUCCUAUAUACCAUCUUUUUUGUGCAUUAUAAUUAAUGAAGGAUCUUGGAAAUGCAAAGAGAAAAAUGUGGUGCAGGGAAUAAAGUUUGGUUUAUGGAUCCAACGAUAGGCUUUCUUUAAACAAACUUCAGGUACAAUAAUUAGAAAUGUUGACUGAAUUCCACCUUUCUAAAAUCAAUGACUACUUUAUAAAUAUUCAUUUAAGAAUCAGCUUAAUUAAAAUUUGCCAACUUGAACAACAACAACAAAAAGAUAUAUUUAUAAUGCUAGAAGGAAAUGUUCUCCAAGAUUUCUUAUAUGGACAAUUUUGAACAGUAUCUUAACCAAAGGGUGAUGUGCCGCAAUUUUUUUUCCUAAACAAAGUGCGAUCAUAUAUCCCAGGAGGGAGGAAAAAGGAACGUGUAAGCAUUUGUUCAUGUUGGUUUGAUCAACAGUUACUGGGAUGAGGACAGGAAAACAAACAAAGCUAUCUCAGUUUCUUGAAAGCAAAUGGUAAACACAAAGAUAAUCUUGUUAACAGAAUGUAGAGUAUUAUGUAAACUUCUUUGUAAAUUCUGUAUAUAGUUCAUUGAACUGUUCCCUGUGUGCGGUGGUCCUCAGCCUUGGGUGAAUGUUUGAAAAAUCCAAGCAUUGUAAAUAAUGUCAGCUUAUAAGGCACUUGCUUUUAUUCAUGAAGCAAAAUGACUAGUGAUUUGGCCCCAAACCAGAAUCCUUUUUAGCACUAGCUCUUUCUCUGCCAUUUUGUGUGUGCAGUUGUGUACACUCUGCCGGAGGUCUGUGAUCACUGCCUUGUGCCCCAGCCUCACUGAAAGGGACAGCGGCUGCCCAGAGGGC